GCAGAGAUGAUGAAGUUUGUGCUUUUCGCUGCACUGUGUGUGCUUGUGUUGGCUGAGGAGAGGCCCGAGCCUCGCUUCAUGGAGGACGCGCUGGAGAGGGUUGUGGGGGGUGAGGUGGCACGCCCCAACUCCUGGCCCUGGCAGAUCUCUCUGCAGUUCAAGUCCGGCAGCAGCUAUCGCCACACCUGCGGAGGCUCUCUGAUAAAGAGGGGAUGGGUGAUGACCGCUGCCCAUUGUGUGGACAGUCAGAGAACCUGGCGUGUUGUCGUGGGAGAACACAACCUCAACAGCAAUGAAGGGCGUGAGCAGUACCUCUCUGUCAGCCGUGUGUACGUCCACCCCAACUGGAACAGCAACUCCGUCGCCAACGGAUAUGACAUUGCCCUGCUGCGUCUCUCUUCGGAAGCCAAUCUGAACAACUACGUGCAGCUGGCCAAUCUGCCCCCUUCUGGACAGGUUCUGAACCACAACCACCCCUGCUACAUCUCUGGAUGGGGACGCACUUCCACUGGUGGUAACCUCUCUGCCCAGCUGAAGCAGGCCUACCUGCCUGUGGUCGACCAUAGGACCUGCUCCAGUGGUAGCUGGUGGGGCGGCACAGUGAAGAACACCAUGGUGUGCGCUGGAGGCGGCAAAGACUCUGGUUGCCAGGGAGACUCUGGCGGCCCUCUGAACUGUCAGCUGAACAACAGGUACUACGUCCAUGGCGUGACCAGCUUCGUCUCCGGGAGAGGCUGUAACGAGGUCCGCAAGCCCACCGUCUUCACUCGUGUGUCCGCCUACAUCGGAUGGAUGGAGAACAUCAUGAACUAAAAUACUGAGAUGCAGAGACAUCUGAACGGCAACAUCAGCCCCGUCAGCUCCAGCACCACUCCAUCUGUGCACCAAGACAAUAAAGUGUACUCAUAGAGCAGACAAUAUAUGUGUCCCCGUGGGCUUAUUGCAUUUUUACACAAUUCUUUAGUUCACUUUUUUUGGUUCCUACCUCUUCUCCUCUAACUUUACCUCCUGUAGAACCUAAAGCAUUACGCCUGAAUCAAAUCAGAUAAUCAGGGGCAUGAAACAAUGAAUUUUAUUUCAAUUUUAUUUUAUUUUAAUAAAACUGAUGUUUAUACGUGUACUGCACAACUAUUGUGCAACCAGAAUACAUCAAAGCAGAUACUUCAAAAAACAAACUAGGAAAAUAUCAUUUGUCACAGCUUGUAAAUAUGUAA